AUGGGAUCUGCAAGUCUACAAGAAUGCACUUCUACCAAGUUCCGCCGCAUAGGUCAAGGCUUCUGUGGAACAGUGUGGGCAGCCGAAGGAGGCACAAUGGCGAUGAAAAGAGAAGACGGUGGUCCAGGCCGGUCUCUUCUUAACGACUACCACAUGCACAAACUUGUGCUGGACACCGCCUUCCAAGAGAAGAAUUCUGUGUGCGUGCCACGUUGGCCGAGUCUCGUCAGAAACAACGACAGUUGGUGGGAUGCGAAUCUCUCCAGAUUCCCACUUGGCUACACUACCUGCAAUGUUCUCUGCGCCGAACGCAUACCACCACUGCCGCAAGAGGUGAGGCAUCGUCUCAUCGACCGGUACUGCCCUCCCGCAGCAAUUGCAACCAUCAAGGCCAAUGACGCCGACCACGACUGCUUGGUUCGACCAUACCUGGGUCGACGAAAGAUCCAAAACGAGGCUCGGAGAGGACGCAACUUCUUCUCCCUGCGCAACUAUCCUUUACAUCUCAACCAGGCAGAGGAUCUCGACCUCCCGAUUCUGAAGUACGCGCAUGCAAUGGCCGAGAUGCUGGCCAUGAUGCACUGGACUGCGAAGAUUGACGCUAAUGACAUCGAGUUUGUGCUGGCAGGCGUUCAACAGCAACCAGAAAUUGCCCGCACAAUAUACACACACGACUUUCUGGGCACUCACUCUCUGUGGGUCCUGGACUUUGACUGCUGCAAGACUCUGACCAUGGACGACGCAGGCAUAGAGCAAGCCGCGCGCGCAUUCCUAAGGAACGACCCAUACUUCCCUCGCCCUGCAAUCAACACACAAUCCCCCGAUGGCAAUUUGUGGAAUGAGUUUCGUACCCGCUAUCUGGUGUGCAGUCAGAAUCUCGUCACUGAUCAUGGCGUAGACUGUCUCGCUUUACCCGAGAAAUUCGUUACACGUGUUGCGGAAAUGCACGAACAAGGCAAAGAUUAG